UAUGGUAGAAAGCCCCAACCAAAAUCUGUAACUUUGCGUGGAACAUAAUGUUCGCAAAAAUUGGACGCAGUCGUUAAUUGAAGUUAAGGGAACGACGGAAAAUUUUGCAAAUAUUAGCUCGUGAGGAAGUUUCGCGGCACUAACAAGAGAUGUCUUAUGCCGAGCAUGGACCCCGUAUUUUUUUGACGGGCAGACCAAGCAGUGGUGUACCUUUGACUUAUGGGGAUUAUGUUCUGCCGCAGAAAAGAUCGGAGGGUCGCUUGAAGCUAUACAAUUCGUGCACGGAUAUUCGAGCAUGGAGCCCGAAUGUAUUGGAGAGCACGCGCUACUUUCGCGAGCUCAACGAGCAUGAGAAACCUGCGCCAGUAAAACUGAUACCAUCCAGCGUGAUAAUGGAAAACAUGAUGACACUUACGGCUCAAGCUCAGUGUGAGCUUCGCGUUGCGCGGCGAGAACUGCAGAAAUACAAAUCCUUAAGUCUCACCCCGGAGCAACGGAAGCACCUAAAGAAUUUUGAUAGAGCUAUUGACAAAAUAGAUAUUGUCAGGACCGAUAAGACAGAAGAUGUGAGAACUGGAUCUGUAAUAAAACCGUUUUCUCAGGGGCAUAUAUUAUUCAAUGCAAACAAGAUUGCAGCUUUGCAAUGUUCUGAUACUUAUCUGUCAAUAUACUUUCGCCCUGAUAGAUUUCGAUACAGUACAGGUGGCCAUCCGCUAUUAACUAAUACGUGCGUUCUGAGAGAGAAUCUGAGCGGGAAUCCAUUAUUGGAAAAUAAUACUUAUUUGAUGUCGCGUGUAACGUCCUGUAAUAUACUAACUGCAGUAAAAGCUACACAAGAGCACAACGAGCAAAUGAGCAUUUGCAUAGAGUAUGUCGACGCAUCUUCCCAAGCGGCGCAAGAUGUUCGCGAAAUGGGUGUGCAAACGGAAGAGUGCAAGGAAAACGAUGACAAACAGUCUAAUGUCGAUUCACCUUCCAGUCAAUACUACGAGACUACCGAAAGUAUAUCUACGUCUGAAAGCGAAUUAGGGAUGAACUCGGAUCCUGAGAUCUGUGAGAGGAACCAUAAAGGAGUGAUUAUUCAAAAGGAUUCAGAAAUUAUUGUCCUGAAAAACGAGCUUGGUAUGAAGGAGGAUGAGUUGGAAGAGCUGCGGGAGCUGAAUAGGCACAUGCAAACGUUGUUAAAAGAGAAGGACGAAGAUACAAGCAUCCUGAGACGUAACAUUAAUACCCUGCAAGAAAAGUUGAAAGUAGUGAGCGACAGGCGCGACGACGAGAUAGAAGAUUUAAGUACAAAACUUUCUUCCUUCGAGUGUCUGGUGGAUCAGUUGAAGGCAGAAUUAGCUAGAAAAUGUCAAGUUUGUUAUUUCCAGACGCAGGAAAUCCAGAAACUUAGAAAGGAAGUUAAGGAGACAGAAUUACUUUCCAUGGAAAACGAGUCGCUUAUGCGGAAGGUGAAGGAAAUGGAGCAUUUAUCAAGAGAGGCUGAGAGCUGUGGUAUCGCUUUAGAGCAGAUGAAAAAUGUCUGGCGGGAACGUGAUAUGCUUCAAAAGCAAUAUCACGAGCAAAGUUGCACGUUGGCGGACAGAGAAGACGAAAUAAAACGACUAUUGACGUUGAUAAAGCAAAUGUCUGUUACGGCUGACACUCGUGAGGUAGAGAUGAAUGGUGUAGUGGCCGACUUGAGAAAUGAGAUUCAGGCAAAAAACGACAAGAUUUCGCAGUGCGAAAUGCAACUAGUUUGCAUGGAGCGGGAAGUCGGUAAUCUGACUAACAUGCUGAAAAGUAGUCUGAAUAAUUUCGACGAGUCUAAGAUAGCGUACGAAGGCGUUUGCGAUUACACCAAGUGCGAGCACGAUACUUGCUUAGACGUGCAGAGCGCGUUGUCUGCUUUAAAAUCGUUCAUAGCCGAGUUGGAGGAGUGUAAACUAGAACGACGUAAUCGUCUGCGAGAGAUAGAUAACUUAAAGGCUUAUGUGACAUGUUACAGCCAAGAGACCGUCAGCGAAAUUACAAACACAGAUUUUGAUACUGGACAUGGAUUGAUUCAGCCGGCUGCAGAAAAUAUUUCCACAUCGAGUAAUGGCGGUUGCCAUUCAUCUAAAGAACUAGUUAACGUUCAGAUUCAGUCGGAUGACGUUGAUACUACCACAACAUAUUCGGAAGAAUCGGAAAAAGUAGAGUUGAACGAAAUAAUUUCAUAUCGAGACCCUACAGUGUCUCCUGAUCAAGAUAUUGAUCGCGCUCUCGCAACGCAUAUCAAACGUUCCAUCGAUAAGAUGCAUAGAAUAUCUGCAGUUCUUCAAGGUGCUGGAGAUCACCACGUACAAAUCGUCAAAGAGUACACGAGGCAGCAGCAGGAGCUGCAAAAGAAGGAUCUCGAGAUUACGGAAUUAAAGCAAAAAGUGGCGGAGCAUAUACGAAGGGGCGAGGGCGACUGCGAAAUUCAGGAGCAGUUGAGGAAAAAGAUGUUGGAGAAAGAGAAGGUGUUGGAGGCUAUAAUAAGUAAAAGGGAUUUGAAGAUCGAGAGGCUGCACGGACACCUUACUGCGUUGGAGAGUGAUAAUUUUUCUUACCGUGCGGAGUGCGAUGCGUUAAAAGACGAGAAUGCCGAUCUCGUCGAUGCGAAAAGUUUACUUUCGAAGGAGAAUAACGUGCUGAAUGAAGAGCUGAGAGCACAGAGAGAUCAGAUACGUAAGUUAACUCAGCAGAUAGACGAAUUGAGCCACAUCAUCGAUAUCUUAAAGGAGGAAGCGAAAAAUGUUGAGUGCAUGAAAAAGAAAUUGAUCGAUCUGGAAAUGAAGAAUAACGAUCUUACAAAUAAGCUUAUUGAAGCGAACGAGACUAUUUCCAAAAAUGCCGAGAUCAUAACGGAGCUAGAAUGUAAGGACGAGAAAAACAGGAUGGCUUUGACUCACGAGAGCAUCAAAUACGACGCGAUGUUGACGCAGAAGCACAGCGAUAUCGUGAAAUUGCGAGACGAGAAUCAAUCGCUGCACGAUCUGUUAAGGGAUGCCGAAGUUAAACUCGCUCAGAGUAACGACACGAUAUUAUCGUUAAAGCAAGAGAGCGACAAUGUGGCGGCGAUAAAUGUCCUGCGGGCGAGUCUAUCGGAUUUGGACGUGGAUAACGUGGAGAGGUUGUUGGCGAAAGUGGACUAUCUAAAGGGUGAAAUAGCGAAUUACCGGAGCUCCACCGCAAGCGUCGAAAGUAAACUGCAAGCGUUAUCGCACGGAAAUGAGACAUUGCAGGCAGACACACAGACAAUAAGAAGUACUAAUGAUCAGUUGUUGUAUCCUUAUAAAGACGCGGUAAAGUCAUCUCUAAAGGACGCGCUAUAUACGAUUCCUAAUAAACUUUGCGAGACACUUCUGCGUCUUCGAACAGAAAUUAGGGAAUAUGAUAAUGAGACCGAAAACGCGUCUGAACAUUGUCCAAAUAAAAAGGUUUCCGAAAUGAAAGAUGAGAUAGGAAAGCCACAGAUAAAAAUAUAUGCUGAUAAGUCUUGUAAACAAGAUGAGGAUACAUUAGAUCCGGUCGUUCGAGAAGUAGAUUGCAAUUCUGAAAAUGCUGCGCACAAGUUAAGAUUCCUCGAAGGACAAUACGAGGAAAAAUUGAAAGAAAUUCAAAAGUUGAUGGAUGAUGUAAAACUAAGAGAUCGGGAAAUAAGAAACCUUCAAGAGUAUAUUACCCAUUUGUUGCAGGAGAAAAAUGAUUUACGAACUAAAGUUAAACGUCAAGUAGAAGAAUAUCAGAACAAAUUGAUGUUACUGAAGAAAAAGUAUGACAGUAGUUUAAUUGCUUUUCGUAAAAGGCAUAACGAAAAUGUCGAAAGAUUACAAGCGAGAUUCGACGAUAUCAUGAAAAUCGAGAAGAGUCCAUUUGACGCAGAGAGUUGGUUGCAAUCGCUGAAUUUGAAGGAACUGUCGGAGCUGCAUAAUCGAAUCAAUAUUUUGAGCUCCCACGUGACCGAGAAUACUGAAUCUAAUAUCGCACAUGUCGAAAUCAAGAAGGACCACGAUAGCUGUCGGAACAAUUCUCAAGAGCAUAGGUUUUACAAUAAAUUCACCUUGUGUAAGCAGUACACGAGAGAGGAUGGAUCAUCUUUAAGUAAAAAAACAAGUAAAGAUACGUUUCGCUCCAAAGUUCUCGAUGUUGAAAAUAAUGAGACAGUUGCCAUAAUGGAAUUAUAUUCCCGGGAUCUAAGGCUUAAACAGGAAUACAAUUUUCACGAGGAUGAAAAGAGACGAACGGGAAAUGCGGGAUCGCCUAAGUCUAGAAUAGACAGAACUCUCGAUUGGCAGAGAGAGAAGUUUAUUUAUCAAUGUAGCAUACAUCAUAAAUUGAGUAACGCUCGUUGAUAUCCGUACAGAGUUAUUUUAUGAUGCAGAGAGACCUUCAGCGCGAAAAGGAUACAAGAGACUAGAUAUUUUAUCACCUUUAUGUAAUCAUAUUCCGCAAUUUCGCGCAUUAAGAUUGGCGAUGUAUAUUUUAUACAAAAC